GAUGAACCUGCACAGUCACCGCCAAACAAGCCUUUGGGAAGGUUUGUACAUUGUUUGGACUCGAACGCGGCGGUCGAGAACGGCCGCUCGGGCCGACUUGAACCCUGCCGCGGGGUUGGCGAGUUGGGGUCUGGAUUUGACUUUUCGUCAUGCUACUUUCUCUCCCGAUGGCCUCUGAAUCAACACUCUCGAGCUCGUCUCGAACGCCCAUUGGAGAAACGUCGCCACUCCUCGGAACUCCCGGCCCGGCAUCAAGAAUGGAAGAGCGCAAGACUCCGGCCGGACGAGAAGGUCAGCGGCCCGAGAGUACAGGGGCCGCCGGGGAUCUGAGCGACGACGAGCUCGAGCCAUCAACCCCGCGUGUGGACAUGAGCGAGGAGCAUCGCUCCGAGGUGGAGCGGCGACUCGUACGGAAGUUGGACAUGCUGCUGCUCCCGCCGCUGUGGCUGCUCUAUGUCUGCAACUAUCUCGAUCGAAACAACAUCGCACAGGCGAGGCUGAGCACCUUCGAGCGCGACCUCGGGCUGGUCGGCAACCAGUUCAAUGUGGCCGUGUCGAUCCUCAAUGUUGGCUACAUGGUGAUGCAGCUACCGUCCAACAUGAUGCUCGCCCGCACCAGGCCGUCCCUCUACAUCCCGGCCUGGGUGGCCCUCUGGUCGUGCGUGUCGGCGGCCACCGCGGCCGCCAACAGCUUCGGCCACCUGGUCGCCAUCCGGUUCUUUCUCGGCUUCGUCGAGGCCCCAUUUGCUCCCGGCGCCAUCUACCUCCUCAGCUGCUGGUACCCGCGCCGCGAGCUGGCGACGCGCCAGGCCGUCAUGCUGACGGGGCUGCCCCUCGCCACGGCCUUCUCGGGCCUAAUCGCGGCGGGGGUGUUUGCGAGCCUCGAGGGCGCCAGGGGGCUGGCCGGCUGGCAGUGGCUGUUUGUCAUCGAGGGCGCCGCGAGCCUUUUCGUGGCGUUUCUGUCGCUUGUGCUGCUGCCCGACUUCCCGGGCCAGAAGCGCUGGGGCGUCAUGGCCUGGCUGCUGACGGACGAGGAGGAGGCGGUGGCGAUAGAGAGGAUGAAGAGGGAUCGCGUGUCACUCCCCGCGAGGGAGGCGGGAGUUCUAAAAGGGCUGAUGAUUGCUGUAAAGGAUGUCCGCACCUGGAUAUUUGUCUUCAUGACGCUCGCUGGACAUAGCGCGUAUGGAUUUAUCAACUUCUUCCCGACCAUUGUCAGAGGCUUCAAGCUCGGCAGCAACACCCUGACCCUGAUCCUGACCGCGCCCCCGUACCUCGCCGCGGCCGUCGUUUCGCUCCUUCUGGCAAUAUCCAGCGACCGCCGCGACGAGCGGGGCUGGCACAUCUCAAUCCCUCAGGCCGUCGCCUGCGUCGGCUUCGCCAUCACGGCGGUGACAGUCAACGGACCGGCCCGGUACGCGGCCGCGUUCCUGUACGUGUGCGGCACCUUCACGACGGUGGGCAUCGUGUUCGCAUGGGCGUCGUCGACGCUGGGGGAGACGCCCGAGGAGCGCGCCUGCGCCAUCGCCAUCGUCAGCCCGCUCAGCCAGCUGGGCAACAUCUGGAGCCCCUACUUCUUCCCGUCCUCGGAUGGGCCGCGCUUCCUGAUGGCGAACCUGCUGAUGCUGUUCUUCUCGGCCCUUGUUGUCGCCAUAUGCCUGGGCCUCAAGGUGCUGCUGAGAAGGGCGAACAAGAGGCUGAAGGAGGAAAAGGCAGAUGCGGUCUUGUAUACACUGUAAGCGGGAGCUGUUGCUGGAUUCGGGAGUCUGAAGUGGACAUGCAGGAAGGGUUCAAUGGUUUUGGGAUAGAAAUAGAUCUUGUCGAGCUCUGUUCUAGAAAAGGGCUCUGGAGUAUGAAAGAAGCCCCCCCCCCNCC